AUGGCGGUUGCACAGUUAGUCUCUCUUUUCGAGACUCUACACGAAGAAGCAUCCAUUAAACCAAUGCCCAGGAGCUUUCGCAGUCACACCUCGUCGAAAGUCCGCCUCCAUCUCCAGACCAUCUUUAGCCACAAUCCCCUCCACCGAUCGUCAGCAAAGAGCCCAUCCAGCAACAUGAGCUCGUCGUCAUCUAGCCCAUCCUCCAUCAGAUCCUCGCCCAGUUCCUCCUAUAGCAGCUUCGGAAGCCGACGACGGGUACCUACCAACGACCUUGAUUCUGCCAUCCUCUCGGCAACUUCACCACGAUCGAGCCGUCGCAUCCGUCGCCAACCCUCUGCCAUCGACCUCGCACUCCAGGCAGAACAGUACGCCGACGAAGCUGAGCUCAUCGGGCUCGGCUUGUUGGAACCCAGACCACGAGCAAACACGGGUGCUUCGACGGCGUCUUCUCCACAGUGCUCAAUGAUGGAAUUCAUGAAUGAGACCAUGCAAACGCCGGUGGUUUUGGAUGGUAUCUUUGAGGUCAUGGAACGUGCAUGA